ACAUUAUCCCUCCCAGUAGGCAGUCUGUGUUAUCAACAGUCAUCAGGGCCACUGAAACUCACACAAUCCACUCAGCUCCCUGAACUAGCAACAGGCUGCAUACUUGCAAACAAACCGACUGAACAAAAAAAGACUGCCUGCUGUUAUUUCACUACUUGUACGAAGAGCUGAAACCGCUUAGGCGUCCAGUCAGUGUCUGAGAAGCUUGUGUGCUUUAUUUAAUAGCAGGGGACAUUUGGUACUCUAAGCAGAAUAACAUAAGGCAUUGACAAGAAGAAGACGAAGCACGGGUGGCCGAAGCAUGUCAGCAAUAUUGAACUGUUUCCAUUCACAUGCCAACAUUUGAACUAAGAAGAGACAGAGGUGCUGUACAGGUUGGAUUAUUGGAUCUGGGACUGGUGGUCUCUGAUAUACUCAUUGGAUAAUAUAGCUGUCUUUCAUGUGUCAACGCUUGAACUAAGAAGGGAGGGGGGUACUGCACAGGUUGGAUUACUGGAUAUGGUACUGGUGGUCUCUAACGUACUCAUUGGGUAGGAUCGCUGCCUUUCAUGUGUCAACGUUUGAACUAAAAAGGGACGGAGGUGCUGCACAGGUUGGAUUCUUGCAUCUGGUACUGGAGGUCUCUGACAUACUAAUUGGGUAGGAUCGCUGCCUUUUAUGUGCCAGUGUUUGACCUAAAAAGGGACGGAGGGGCUGCACACGUUGGAUUACUGGAUCUAGUACUGGUGGUCUCUGACGUUACCCAUUGGGUGGGCAUUGCUGUCUUUAAUGUCCCAAUAUUUGAACUAAGAAGAGAGAGAGGGGCUGCAGAGGUUGGAUUAUUGGAUCUGGGACGGGUGGUCUCUGACGUACCUACUGGAUUGGAUCUUUGUCUUUGGCAUCAGCUGUUGAACCAGGAAGACCUGUUGGGUGCUGGACAAGUUAGGGGAACUUGCAUUUCCCCUUUCUGCUCAUUGUAACUUUUUACUGUGAGAAGCCAUGAGUGACAGCAGUGAAGGAAUUACUUUCUCUGUGCCAGUCUCUCCACUGCCAGAGGUAAGGUGUUGCAUGUACGAGGAUAAAAUUGGGCACCGGCAACAAGGGCCGGCAGUAGCCCCUGCUGGCAGCAGACUGCCUGCAGCUGGCAGCUUCUGGCAUGAAGAUUACAUCCAUGGGGCCGGUGGAGGAGGGACUUGCCCUGCCAGUCGCUGUAAUAAAACGAUUACCCCAGCUGCCACCUCUAGUACCAGCACCCGGAGAACCACUGUUGUCUAUGUGAUUAAUGAAGGCACCUCAGGCAUGCAGGCUUGUGAAAAUGCUGCACUGCAUAGCCUGCAGGAGGCGUGCGACAGCCAGGGGGCAACACUCGAAACACUACCAUUUGGGAAGCUCGACUUCGGGGAGACUACUGUGCUUGAUCGCUUCUAUAAUGCAGAUAUUGCGGUCGUAGAAAUGACAGAUGCCUUUCGGCAGCCUUCCCUUUUCUAUCACCUGGGCGUUAGAGAAAGCUUUAGCAUGGCUAAUAAUAUCAUCCUCUACUGUGACACAAACUCUGAAUCUCUUCAGUCACUCAAGGAAAUCGUAUGCCAAAAGAAUAAUAUGUGCACUGCUAACUACACCUUUGUUCCGUACAUGAUCACGCCACAUAACAAGGUAUUCUGCUGUGAAGGUAGCCUCAUGAAAGGACUGACAGAAUUAAUGCAACCAAACUUAGAACUACUUCUUGGUCCCAUCUGUUUGCCUCUUGUGGAUCGUUUUAUUCAGAUCCUAAAAAUAGCAAAGGCCAGCUCUUGUCAGUAUUUCCGUGAAGCAAUUCUCAAUGACAUCAGACGUGCCCGCAAUCAUUACUCUGGAAAAGAGCUGGCUGAUGAACUAACAAGGAUACGACAGCGUAUAGAUAACAUUGAAGUUUUAUCGCCUGACAUAAUUGUGAAUUUGCUCCUGUCAUACAGAGACAUCCAGGAUUACGAUUCAAUCGUGAAGCUGGUGGAAACCCUAGAGAGACUGCCAACCUCAGAUUUGUCCGCCCUUCUUCAUGUGAAAUUUCAUUAUGCCUUUGCUCUGAACAGGAGGAAACAUCCCGGUGACAGGGAAAAAGCCCUUGAGAUAAUGCUGCUUAUGGUACAACAUGAGGACCAGGUUGCUUCAGACGUGUACUGCUUAGUGGGACGGAUUUAUAAGGAUACAUUCCUGGAUUCUAAUUUCACAGAUGAGAAGAGCCGAGACAAUGGCAUACUGUGGUACCGGAAAGCAUUUGAAUCUGAGCCAACUCUUCAGUCUGGAAUUAAUUAUGCAGUCCUACUGCUUGCAGCUGGGCAUCAGUUUGAUUCAUCAUUUGAACUUCGCAAAAUAGGGGUAAAGAUUAGCAGCCUACUGGGUAAAAAGGGAAACCUAGAAAAGCUGCAAAGUUAUUGGGAUGUUGGCUACUAUAUGGGAGCUAGUGUGCUGGCUAAUGACCAGACGAAGGUAAUCCAGGCUGCAGAAAGACUCUUCAAGCUGAAAACACCUGCAUGGUACUUGAAUUCUGUUGUGGAGACAAUUUUGAUAUACCAGAAGUUUAGGAAACCAAACCUGGAGAAACCUUCAUCCAAACAGGAGAUUGUUGAUUUUUGGAUGGAUUUUCUGGUUGAGUCCACGAAUACGGAUGUUUCUGUGGUCCGAUUUCCAGUCUUGAUCCUGGAACCUACAAAGAUCUACCAGCCAUCAUAUCUAUCAAUUAACAGUGAAGCAGAUGAGAAAACUGUGUCUAUUUGGCAUGUCAUCCCUGAUGAUAAGAAAGGAAUUCAUGAGUGGAAUUUCAAUGCAUUCUCCAUAAGAGGAGUAAGCAUUUCAAAGUUUGAAGAAAGGUGCUGUUUUCUGUAUGUCCUACACAAUUCAGAUGAUUUCCAGAUCUACUUCUGCACAGAGUUUCAUUGUAAAAAAUUUUUUGAUAUGGUUAACAGUAUUACUGAAGAAAAUGGAAAACACACGGAUGAUGUGGAUUUUGAUGGCGAUGCCCUUGAAUUUGAUUAUGAAUAUGAUGAAAAUGGUGACAGAGCAGUCCUGGGUAAGGGUACCCAUGGAGUGGUAUAUGCUGGACGAGACCUCAGUAACCAAGUGAGAAUUGCUAUCAAGGAGGUUCCUGAGAGGGACAGCAGGUACUCUCAACCACUUCAUGAAGAGAUUGCACUUCACAGGCACCUGAAACACAAAAACAUUGUCCAAUAUAUGGGCUCGUUUAGUGAAAAUCGCUUUAUUAAGAUAUUUAUGGAACAGGUGCCAGGAGGAAGCCUUUCUGCUCUUCUGCGAUCAAAAUGGGGACCUCUAAAACAAAAUGAACAAACAAUCGCCUUUUAUACCAAACAGAUUCUUGAAGGCUUAAAAUAUCUUCAUGACAAUCAGAUUGUUCAUCGAGAUAUAAAGGGGGAUAAUGUAUUAAUUAACACCUAUAGUGGUGUUCUGAAAAUCUCUGACUUUGGUACAUCUAAGAGGCUGGCUGGGAUCAACCCAAAUACAGAGACAUUCACUGGCACUCUUCAAUAUAUGGCUCCAGAAAUAAUAGAUAAAGGACCAAGAGGAUAUGGGAAACCAGCUGACAUAUGGUCCCUAGGCUGCACUGUAAUAGAGAUGGCCACAGGAAAGCCUCCAUUUUAUGAAUUAGGAGAGCCACAGGCUGCCAUGUUCAAAGUUGGCAUGUUUAAAAUCCAUCCAGAAAUACCUGAAUCCAUGUCAGCAGAGGCCAAAGCCUUUCUACUGCGCUGCUUUGAACCAGAUCCUGUGAAACGUGCAACUGCUACUGACUUACUUAUGGAUGAUUUUUUGAGGGUUUCCGUUAAAAAACGAAGAUCCAAUCUAAAAUUGUCAGCCCUUUCUCCUGGAACAAGUGAAUAUCUUAGAAGUAUAUCAUUGCCGGUUCCAGUAAUGGUGGAAGAUACAAGCAGUAGCAGUGAAUAUGGAUCAGUUUCUCCAGACACUGACUUAAGAUCAGAGCCUUUCUCUUUUAAAUCAAGAACAAGGUCUUGCGUGGAAAAAGAGGGCAAGAGUCCAAGGAGUUUCUUUCUCGGGAUUCCAGAUGAGCAAUUUGAAGAUCACAGUGCCCCUCCAUCUCCAGAGGAACGAGACCCUGGAUUCUUCAUGCUAAAGAAAGAUAGUGAAAGAAGAGCCACUUUGCAUCGCAUCCUUACUGAGGACCAAGACACUGUAGUUAAAAACCUGGUGGAAGCUUUGGGUCAGGGUGCAGAUGCAACUAAAUUAAAAUGGGACCAUAUAACAACUCUGGUGAUCAGUCUACGAGAGUUCAUAAGAUCAACUGACCGUAAAAUCAUAGCUACAACCCUGUCAAAACUGAAACUUGAGCUGGACUUUGACAGUCAUGCCAUCAGCCAGAUCCAAGUGGCUUUGUUUGGCUUUCAAGAUGCGGUGAAUGCAGUGCUCCGAAAUCACAAUAUCAAGCCCCACUGGAUGUUUGCUCUAGACAGCAUAAUUCGUAAGGCUGUGCAAACAGCCAUUACCACAUUAGUUCCAGAACUGAGGCCACAUUUUAGCAUCACCUCUGAAAGUGACCCAGCAGAUGACAUAGAGGUUGAGGAGGAUCACAAUGAACACGCCACACAAGAGCCCAGCCAAGGGCCAAGUGCAGUAAAUGAUGACAAUGUACAUACAUCAGGAGUGAGCACCCUCAGCUCCACCAUGUCUCAUGAAUCCCAGAAUGCUCAGAGGUCACUCAACAUGCAACUGGGGAGACUGAAAAUUGAGUCAAACAGGCUUUUGGAGGAGCUGUUACAGAAGGAGAGAGAUUUCCAGGCUCUUCUACGUCAGGCUAUUGAAGAAAAGGAUCACGAGAUCAAACGUCUUCAGCACAGGUCCCAGCCAAUAAAUAUUCCUGGGAUUUCAGUGUCCCACACAAGACCAUCCAAUUCAAGCAACGAAGAUCUUGAACUUAUUUACUGGUUGCAGCAGCAUCAUGUGGAGGAGGACACAAUAAACAAGUUUUUGGCAGAAGAUUAUCGGUUGGAGGAUAUCCUGUGGCAUGUUACAAGAGAGGACUUAAAGUCUAUGGAUCUCAGGGGAGGAGCCUUGUGUGCAAUUUGGAGGGCCAUUACCGACUCUAGAGAAAAGCAGUCUUCUUGACAACUUAUUCUGAUUUCACAAAGAAUUUAUUGGGAUUUUCAAGGUGUUACAACGAAGCUGUAAACAGACAACCAUAGUACAGUCCAAAGAUGCAACUGCAGCAACAAAGGCAUGCAAGAACAUUAUUCAAAAUAUCGUAGCAAGGAACAUUCGCUAAGAUGAGUCAUAGAAAACUAAGAAAAUGGCAGAAAAGAAGCUUUUUGGUUUGUCACUUACAAUGGAUUAUUGGAAAAAGGAGGAUGCUCCUUGUUGGCUAUAAAAAAAACAAACAAAAAAAAAACCUUAUAGGGUGGCGAAAAUAAAUGAGAUCUAUCCGCUCUUGCUGCCGCCAAAGUUGACAAAUCAUUUUGUAUAGCUAUAAGUCAUGCCAGGUUACCUGGUAAAGCCACGGUUGCACUUUAUACCUGUUUUUGUUUACUAAUGUGAAGUCAUCACAUAAUCCUAAAAGCAUUCUGUUCCCCUGAAUAACAUUCUAAAAUAUAUUGUAAUAGGGUUGUCCCGAUACCACU